AAGAGAAACUGACUUUUAACAAACAGCCAUGACGGGAAGAGAAGAGGCAAUAGACGAAAAACCUAAGGUCAAACUUUAUCCUUCUUUCGGAAUCGACAAAUCACGUCUAAAUGGAUCUGGAUUUAGGUCCAAAGGGUUCGCCAUCACAGACCUGCUCGGUCUGGAGUCAGAAGUUCAGCAUCAUCAGUCUGGUCCUGGGGCAGGUGCCAAUGGAGAAGGGCAGAGCGCGGGAGUCGGAGCAUUUUCUUUCCCGGGAGGCUCUUUGCCGCUCGGGUUAGGCUUUCUGUGCAGUUUAGCGGCACAGCAACCUCCCGGGGUCCCGUGUUUUCUCCCGAGCCACAUCCCGCUUCUACAAUCACGGACAGAGAGCCACUUCAUGCAGAAUUUGGAGCAGCAACGGGACGCCUAUUCUGAUGAUGACUGUCUUUCCGAUGAUCGCAAUGAAGGGAAAAACUCAGGGAACUCACAAAAAAGGAAGAAACGAAGGCACAGGACAGUUUUCACCUCACAUCAGCUUGAGGAGCUGGAGAAAUCCUUCCACGAGGCGCACUAUCCAGAUGUUUACGCAAGAGAAAUGCUGGCUAUGAAGACAGAGCUACCAGAGGACAGGAUACAGGUAUGGUUCCAAAAUCGCCGUGCCAAGUGGAGGAAAAGGGAGAAAUGCUGGGGCCGCAGCAGUGUCAUGGCAGAAUACGGGCUGUAUGGCGCCAUGGUGCGUCACUCUAUUCCACUUCCAGAAUCCAUAAUCAACUCCGCCAAGAAUGGAAUGAUGGGCUCGUGCGCUCCCUGGCUUCUAGGUGAGCCAGCAGGAAUGCACAAAAAGUCUCUCGAAAUCUCAAAAAAGGCCCCGGGCACACCUGAAUCGACGCAUUCCGAUUCGUAUUCUGCGGAACACAAAGGCAAAGACAGCGACACCGCAUGGUCAAGUAGAGCCAAUGCAGCAGACGACUCGGAGGACAUGGCGAUAGACUUGUCCAGUGCUUCCAAACAAGAGAGCAAAAGCACUUUGAAAAGAUCACCACCUUGUACAGAAUCCAGCAGUGAUUCUGAAAACGAAAGCUAGACAUUAAUUAUCAACAAUGUGAAUAUGGACAAUUUUGACGAGCACACACAUAGACAAAAAGGACUAUAAUUAUUUUUAUUUUUUUUAAUAUCUCUUGAUCAUGUCAACCUUUUGACAAUGGUUUUGUCUUUCACCAUUCCUGUGUUGUUACUUGUUAUAAUAUGUUUUUGUUGUUAUUUCAAAUAUUUGAAUACUACAGAGUAAUGUUUUAUUCUGAAUUACUUUAUUUUUGAUGUGUAAAAAUGAUUCAUGUAAAAAGAGUUAAUUAAUAGAACACUUCUUUAUGUUGUUUUGAUGGGCAUGAUCCAUAAAUCAGAUUUUUGUAAUAAAAAAAAAGUUAUCCCAUUUUUCUUAAAAUCAUUCUUUUUUCCUCUGUCAAAAAAUCUCUGUCUGGUGAAGGUGGCACUUGUUCACCAUCAUUGUGAAUGUCUGAAUAUUUCUUGUUAUGUGUCUUCGGAGCAGAAAGUCCAAUCUCAUGGAGAGGUGUGUGAGUUAGAGGAGGAAAAAGCACCCUAUUAGGGAUUUUAAAGCACUUUACCUACUGUGAUGAUGAAUGUUUCGCAUUGAUCAAUGCCAUCCACAAAGCAAUAUAAUACCAGCAAAAGCAAAUCCACAUCAUGACAAAAAUAA